AUGUCAAAGCUGUUGAUGGGCGUGCAGAAAGGCGAGAACUGCCUGCUAGAGAGCCCGACAGGCACGGGGAAGACCCUGGCGUUGCUCUGCGCAGUUCUCGCGUGGCAGAGGCAGCAGAGGGAGCAAGGGGUUACGGUGGAGACGAGCGAUUGCGAGAGCGAAGAGGAGCCGAUGAUCGACUUGGGCUCGCAAGAGCCCCUCCGGUCUUUCGACGACUUCCGGUACGUCGAGCCCAAAGUGCAGCAGCACGCUCCCAUCAAACUAGCCUACGAGGAUGCCGUCGAGCCAGGCAAGCAGGAGGAGCCGGUGGGAGACCGGACUAGCUUCUACGAUGACUAUGACGACGACGAUGACGACGUGUUCGAAAGCCCCAAGAAGAAGCGCCAAAAGAACAAAGACGACGAAGAAAUGAUCGAUUCCCCCGAAAGUAGUGAUGGGCCACACCACGAUUCCCACCAGGAUUCUCCGGACAGCCCCGUCGCCGACGAGCCCGAUCUCAGCAAACCUCCAUCGGACGCGGUAACGCCCGCCGACGUGAAGCCCAAGAAGCGGGGCAAAGCGGUCAAAGCGGUCAAGCAGGAGGCGAGGAGGAAACGGGUGCCCCGGGUGUACUUCUGCUCGCGAACGCACUCGCAGCUGAAUCAGGUGGUGGCGGAGCUGCGGACGUGCCGGACCGCCUUUCAGGACACCUCCGCGGUGGGCAUCGGCGACGACGGGAAGCCUUUUAGCAUGGCCUUGCUCGCUUCUCGCAAGAGCAUGUGUAUCAACAGCGAAGCCUGCAACGACCCCAAGGGCAUCGACGACGCUUGCAAGCGGCUGCUGAAGGAGAAGGCUUGCACCUACUACAGCCCGUACAACUACCUGGUGGACCCAGGUGUCCGCGAGAUCAUGGGCAUCGAUCUCAAGAAUGCGGUGGUGAUAUUCGACGAGGCGCACAAGGUCUACAAGGGAGCAGAAGCUCUCGGGUUGAUGCAGUCGAGGGCCGGGGUAACCUCAGAGUCCCUGGUGUACCUUAAAGAAGCUCUCAAGAUGGUGAUGAGCGAAGACGGGAACGCGGACCCAUAUGCCAGGGACCAGGUCGACGGCGCUAGCUUCGGCCAUGGGCACGGUGGGGACGAGGUGCUGAGCAGUGGGUCGGCCCACGUGACCGCCUCGCUCGUCAAGGUCCUGGGGUUCCUGCUGACCGAAGGCAUGGAGAACGUCGACCACUACAAGAUGGUGGUGCUGAGAGAGCGAGGGCCUUGGGAGCCGGUUUCCUCGAGGGGGAGGCGAGGGAGGAACCGGCUGGGGUCAGGGUCGAUCACGGCGAUGGAGACGUACCUCUGCUUCUGGUGCCAGAGCGCCAGCACGUGUUUCUCCGAGAUCGACAAGCAAGUGCACUCCGUCGUCCUCACUUCCGGAACCCUUAGCCCGAUGAACUCCUUUGCGGGGGAGUUGGGCAUUGAAUUCCCUCACCGGCUGGAGGCGAACCACGUUAUCAACGUCAAGAAGCAGUGCCUCGUGACCAGCGUUGGGUACUUCGGCAAAGUCAGUCUGGACGCAAGGUACACGAACCAGCACGACCUUAAGUACCAAGACGCUCUCGGCAACGCACUCCUCCAGCACGCCCGCAUCGUCCCCGGGGGCAUCCUGGUUUUCUUCCCGAGCUACGGGUUGAUGGACAAGAUGCACGACCGAUGGGAGGUGGUUACGGGCUUGCUGCAAGCUCUCCAAGAGAUAAAGGGGAUCUACUUGGAGCCGCGGGGGCAGGGGAAAAUCGACGGCGUGCUGGCGGAGUACUACGAGGACGUCGCGGCCGCCAGGGAGAAUCAGUCAUCGAAGGAGAAUCAGUAUCAUUCGAGCACCCGGACUGGCGCGAUGAUGUUGGCGGUGGCCAGGGGCAAAGUGUCAGAAGGCAUCGACUUCAGUGACGAUGCGGCUCGGAUGUGUGUCAUCGUAGGGAUCCCUUAUCCGAGCUCCAAAGACCUCCAGGUAAUGCUCAAGAAGGAGUACCAGGACCAGCGCAGGACAAGGGACCCGCGACUAGUGGGCGGGAGGGCGUGGUGUAUUCGGCACCGAAGCGAUUUCGGCGCCAUUGUUCUGUGCGACCCCCGCUACGCUUCCUCGACGGAGACAACCGCCAGCCUGAGCAAGUGGGUGCGAUCGAGCGUGAGGCAGUGCAGGAGCGUGGAAGUGUCCCUCCCGCUCGUUGAGGCGUUCUUCCGGCAGCACCAACCGCAACAAGACCAGCAUCACGCGGUACAGCCGGAGGCUUCCGCUUGUGCCGGCUCUAGCUUUGUCGGUGGCGACGGCGAAGUCAGGUGUUGCGCCGGUGGUAACGACGGGACCGGCGAUUUUGGCGAGAGUCGGGGGGGUCUGGAGCACAAGCCGGAGGGUGAAGCGGAAAGGUCGCUUGACCCUGGACUCGUGCAGCAAUCGCUUUCGCAGAUGCUUGGGCAAGGCUGCGCGGCGUCCAAUCCGACCGACGACCCUGCGAACGGCGGUGCUGCGAGCCUUACCCAAGGGACCGAUGGCCGUACUGCGCUCCAACUUCUCUCUCAAGGGUCGACGACGAACGUCCCUCGCGUUAACCCGACGAUCACCGCGCACGAAAAGCCACACGCCGAUCCUGAGCCGAGGCGGCCAGAAGGGUCUCUGUGGUGCCGCAAGGGAGGCGCCCUGAUCUCGGGGGCUCCCCGAGGUGCGAUGUCGGGUGUUGGGGUCGAUGGACCCCGUCUAGCGACAGCAAUGGCUAGCACUCACCUCUACCGCACGAUCAUUGCCCUGACCUCCGAUUGCACGACGUCGAGCGGGGGCAGGGAGGACGUCUUGCCCGACGCGGCCACGGUGAUCGAGGUCCCGCGAGGCUGGCCGCUCGUUGAGAAGGUGUCCCAGGGGGAAGGGCGGUGGGUAGCUGGCGACGGCCUGGUGUACGCCCCCUUGUAUUGCCCGUGUCCCGGCUGCCGACUAGCGCACAUAGGGGAGAAGGUGAUAGCGGCGGGACUAGGCUUCCAAGAGACGAUCGGCCUAGCUUGGUUCUUUCCCUCUCUCGUUCAUGCCGUCGGCAUCGACUAGACAUGCUGAGUGCAUGCGGGUGAAAGUGCUUGGGUUUUAGUUUUACGAGCCCUGUAUGUUCAGACGUGUGGUCAUUCGGCGUAUGGGAGCGGUAAGGGGAAAGGGGAUGGGUGACAUUGUCUCGCACGAGCUUUGAACUCCAGGUAUCAUGGAUUUCGUCAGCAACGGUUGCGUUGUGCACGGAGCGGGAUCGAUGGAUUGAGGUUGUGGCAUUUUCAUGGCGACUCGUGUUGAUGUUAUUUUUCUUGAGUGAGUCAACGCCCGUAUUGGGACGUUUUUAUGACGAGGAGUUCAUACCCAAGCGGGUGCAGCCCUCUCAUCAUCCUUCCGCUUGGAUUGCAAUGGCACCGCCUGGUCAAUAAGCGCUUGAUCGAAAAGGAAGGACUGACUUGAUUGUCGUUACCCUUGAACCUAAACUGUUGGUGAAAGUGUUACGUGA